AUGGAAAAAGAUAAAGGCAGUGAUAAUGAAUCUCAAAAUAAAGCGACAAAAGCCGAUGGGAAAACUAAAUCACGAAUAUCACAUAUUCAUGAUUUAAGUAUUCGCUUACUAAAUGCUGGCUCACAGAAGGGAAUGCAUCUGAGAAGGAUUGUAAAGGAAGAAGAACUGAUAAUACUACUUCAAGAAACCAAAGCAGUAUUACAAAGUCAAAGUACCUUUACUGAAAUUGAUGCACCCGUGAUUGUUUGUGGUGACAUACAUGGACAGUACAGCGAUAUGCUUCGAAUUUUUGACAAAUGCGGUUUUCCACCGGAGGCGAAUUAUUUAUUCCUCGGUGAUUAUGUUGAUCGGGGCAAGCAAUCCAUUGAAACUGUGUGCCUUCUCUUCUGCUUCAAAAUUAAGUAUCCUGAGAAUUUCUUCUUAUUAAGAGGUAACCAUGAAUGUGCUAGAAUUAAUCGAGUGUAUGGAUUCUAUGAAGAGGUUAACCGACGUUAUCGUUCUGUUCGUCUUUGGGAAGUCUUUCAAGACACAUUUAAUUAUCUGCCAUAUGCUGCUUGCAUAGCUGGAAAGAUUCUAUGCAUGCAUGGUGGUCUAUCACCAAAAUUGACUGAUUUCGAUUCGUUGCGUAACAUCGAACGUCCAUCGGAUCCACAACCGCCCUCCAUGGAACUUGACAUCCUUUGGUCGGAUCCGGAUGAAAGUGUGCAAGGUUGGCAACCGAACAGUCGAGGUAUCUCGUUUGUUUUUGGCGUUGAUGUUUUGACAGAAGUUUGCGAGAAACUAAACAUCGAUUUGGUUGCUCGUGCACAUCAGGUGGUACAAGAUGGAUAUGAAUUUUUUGGCAAUCGUCGUUUAGUGACCAUAUUUUCGGCACCACAUUAUUGUGGCGAAUUUGAUAAUGCAGCUGCCGCGAUGAGUGUUGCAGAGGAUCUCAGUUGCUCAUUUCAUGUGUUUAAGCCAACAGCAAAAGCAGUUCGUAUGGCAAUGAAGCAGAAAAAAAUAGCUGAAUAA